AGAAACGUAAAAGGCUGUGACGUAGUCGGCAACGCCAGACAGUCAGCGGGACAGCAGCCGUACGAGGAGCGAAACCGGAAUUGUUUACUGGCCCUAGUCGCUAUCUUUCUCUGGGUCGCAGAUCUCUUAACAACAACAAUAAGGGUCGGAAGAAGAAGUGGGGAAAAAGAAAAAAGAAGAAGAAAGAACUGCGCAGGGCAGCAGCAAGAGAAGUGGAGUCUAAAACAACAAUAAAACAUCUUCUUCUUGGGAAUCCAGCCGCGGUGCUCCCCUUCAAACACACAUUUGUGUCUCACCUUUUUUGCGACUUUGGAAGAAUCGGACAGUAAAUCUUCAACACCGGACUGAUUGCUAGCUCGUACGACUGUGAGCUGCUGAAGACGGCUGUCCUGGGUCUGUUCUGCGUCCUGGAUAUAUAAAUAUAUAUAUAUAUCUACCUAUCUAUAUAUAUAUAUAUAUGUACAGACAUACAUGUAUGUCUAUGUGUGAUAUAAAAACCAUCUCCGAGCUGGUGUCUCGUCGUCAAGUCUUUUGGUAAGAUUUUGCUGUGUUUGUUUUCUUAACCAAAACUACAAAAAAAAAAAAAAAAGGCUCCUUGUGACAGUAUGUCUAUUAAUUCCAUCUCCGUCUCUAUAUUAUCUGUAGACUGGCCUCUGUGGUCACUUUAUUCCACCACAACACCGUUAUAAUUACCAUUAUCGUCAUUACUACAUAAAACAAUUAACUAUUAAGCUUCCUCUUUACCAAAAAAAGAAAAAAAAUAAUAAUAAUAAUAAUAAUAAUUAUAAAUUCUGCAUCUAUUUCCAUAUAUCAUCAUUGCAAUUACUGCUGCUACUACUACUACUCCUAGCAUUACUGCCACCAUUACUACUACUACUGCUGUGAUUCUCUCGCCCUCUUUAUCUCUUCUUCUUUCCCUGUCCCGAAAUUCGUCGACUCCUCGGAGCUCCUCCUGAGAGAGAUUUUUUAAAAAAAUAAGUGAAAAGAGAAGUAAAACGACGAAAUAAAUCAUGGGUGACUACAAUAACCGCAUGGCCGAAUUGAACUUGGAUACCACCGCCUUCGAAGUGAACGAAAUGUCUGCUAAGAACAAUAAUAAUAGCAUCGGAAAGAGAUCGACCACGGACAUGAUUACACCCGUUAUCGAAGAGGGACAGUUUACUGAUGCUGUUGACCAGGAGGAAGUAAUGUCGCCCACCACCGCCAAUGCCAACGAUAGGAACCACCACCAGGAACAACAACAACAGCACGACGACACUCAGACUGCUGGCGAGGAGAACGUGAAUGGGAAUGAGAAGAACAAAAACGACGACGACGACGACGACACCAAUUCUGUCAGUAUCGCCUCCGUCACCAGUGUCCCUGCCACUGCAAAUGGAGUUGCUCACCGCGUUGAUGAUGAUGAUGAUAAUGACCAGAACAAUUACCACGACAACCACCAGCUGUCUUCAAAUCUUCCCGUCGAAGAUCCGGCUUCGACACCACUUACUGCUGGUCCUACUGCUUCUCCUCUCAAGGAACAGCAGCAGCAACAACAACGCGAACAAGAUAAAGAAGUUGGAGGAGAAAGAGAGGUAGAAUCGUUUAGACCAGUUGAAGUGGAAAUAACUCCAGCCCAGCCUCCUUUACCGGUGUUGCCACCUGCGCCCGUACUCCGAGUGGAACAGUUACGGGAGGAAGAUUAUGGAUCUUCGCCGUCUUCCUACACCAGUGAAGAGGAGGGCUAUAGUUUUCCGGAAUUCUCCGAUGACCCCGAAGAGCGGGAGAAGCUUCCCGAAUUUGUCGAACCAAGUGAAGAGCUUCAGGAGAAAAUCGUUAACCAGGUGGAAUUUUAUUUCUCCGAUGCCAACAUCCUGAAAGAUGCUUUCUUAUUGAAGCAUGUUCGUCGUAACAAGCAGGGUUUCGUAAGCUUGAAGCUGUUAACCUCCUUCCGCAAAGUGAAAACGCUGUCCAAGGAUUACCGUGUAGUGGCCUACAGUUUACAGAAGUCCAAAGUUCUUGAAGUGAACGAGGAGGGUACUAAAGUCCGACGUAUCGAUUCCUUACCUGAGUAUGAUGAGACUACCCCUUCACGGACUGUCGUUGUAGUCAACCUUCCAAUCAAGAAUCCAGCUAUUGAAAAUGUGGCCGAACUAUUUUCCAAAUGUGGAGUCAUCUCUCUUAUACGCAUCCUGCGACCCAAAGGUUCUAUACCACCGGACAUUAAGAAAUUCUCGUCCAAGCAUCCAGAAAUCGGUACUACACUUUGUGCUGUGAUCGAAUUUGAGACGUUCGAAGGCGCUAAACAAGCCUGUGCCAUGCACAAUGCCGACGACUGGCGCAGUGGGAUGCGUGUUGUGCAGCUGUCUGCCAAGAAGAAAGAAAAAGAUAAAAAGAAAGCUGUUUCAUCGAAUAAUAACAAUGCUAAGAGCGGUUCUGCGAAUUCGAACACUGCCACAGACAAAGAGAUUGUUAGUUUGGAAGAUAAGAAGAAAAAGAAGGGGUGUCGAAAGAAGAAGCGAAUUGAUGAACUCUGUCGCGAACCUGAGUCAUCAUGCUAUAGUAGCGGAUCUGAAGCGGACACUCCUCAGACACUUUUACAUAUGCCUUCACUGGACCCUAGCAAACUGAGCCCUGUAACGACUCCUAAACCAAGCCCAAGGUCAACUCCGAAAAGCAGCCCGAGAACCCAGCGCCGAAAAUGGAUGUCGAAAAAAUCCCCGUUGGCUGAGACUGACAACAGCCCAAGGAUUAGUCCACAGAUAAGCCCUGAAUCUCUACGCAAGAAAUACGACAACAGCGAUGCCCCAGCAAGUCCUUGGGUCCAACGGCGUUUGAAAGCUGCUCAGGCUCAACAGAACAGCACUGGUUUGAGCGAUGAUAAAAACGGACAGUCGGCAGGACGCAGCCCUAAAGGUAGCCCCCUAAUGCUGAGACGUGGCCGUCUACAUGAUCUAGAAAUGGCUGUGAGAUCCCCAAAAGGUCCAGACGGCACGAGUGGAUUCUAUGGCGGUAUGGGGAGGGGAAAAGUACCUAGCAACAUCGCCCUCCCGGAAAUUGUUGCGUAAAGACACCCUACACUAUACACACACAUACAUACACACUCAAAAUUUUCACGAUCUGUUUGAGUCCUUCAAUAUGACGAAGACAUUUAUGAUGACGAUGAUGAUGAUGUCUUUUUUUUUUUUUUUGUCUCCACAAACUCUCCUAGUUUCUCCUUGGAUUUGGAAACGAAUUUAACAAACGGAUAAAAAAAAAAAAGAUUCUAAAAGUUUUUUUUUUUUCCCCUGUGAAUUAUGUUUUCAAUUUUGAUCCUCUUUUCUUCCGAUGAAUUCCAAGGUUUGAAAAUUUACCAUAAUGUAAACAGAGCCAAAUCACCAAAUACCCCAAAAGAAAAAAAAAAAAAAGAAAAAAUCCUCCUCAUCUUUUCGACAAAACUAUAUAUAUAUAUAUAUAUA